AUGUCUGAUGCGGCCGGUGUAACAUUACGAACACGCAAAUUCCUUACCAACCGUCUUUUAAAUCGUAAACAAUUUGUGGUGGAUGUUAUUCACCCUGGUCUUUCAAAUUUGUCCAAAGAUGACAUUCGUGAAAAGCUUUCUAAAAUGUAUAAAGCCGAAAAGGAAACUAUAUUCGUCUUUGGCUUUCGUACGAUUUUUGGAGGGGGCAGAUCAACAGGAUUUGGUCUAAUAUAUGAUGAUCUUGCUGCUGCUAAAAAAUUUGAACCGAAAUAUAGGCUUGUCAGGGUAAUUACGAUGUGGAAUAAUUUCGAAUUAUUUUUCUUAGUUAUUUAA